AGCGCAGAGGAGCGGGAGGCCAUAACUCGAGAACUGGUCCUCUGAAUCAAAGGCGACCAGCUCUGGCAGGGAGGAACGGGGGGAGGCUUGUGCCCAGACCCCUGGCUUCCCUACUUCAGUCUUGGUUGGGGGUGUAGGGGGCCCUGACCCAAGGGACGGAAGCAGAAAGCACAGGAAACCUGGAAGCCUGUGAUACUAGACUGGGCCUGGGACCUGCAGAAGGUGUGGGGGUGGGGGCCCUCAGCUGGUGGGCCUGGCUUGAGGCUGCCUCAGCUAGCAAGGCGGGUGAGGCCUGCUGAGGGCAUGGCGGGUAGAACCCUGGCCCUGUGUGAGGUGAGGCAUGGUUGCCUGGUGACCGCCCCUGGGCAGCCACCUCCUGGCAGCAGGGCUCUGCUUGCUGUGCUCACCUCUCAGCCUUAGUGGCCCUGGUGCCUCUCCUUGCCACCAUGAUGCGGCAACUCAACAUGGAUACGGUGCGGCAGAACUUCUGGAAGGAAGAAUAUCUGAGGGAGAAGAUGUUGCGCUGUGAGUGGUAUCGCAAGUACGGGUCGAUGGUGAAGGCCAAGCAGAAGGCUAAAGCUGCAGCCCGCCUGCCCCUCCACCUGCCCACUCUGCGUCCCGAAGCCCCACUCCCACCCUCACCUGCCCCCAAGGCAGGCCCUUCCAGGGUCCCCAGCCCUGCCCUGGAGGCUCCUGUGCAGUCGGAAAUGUACCCCGUACUGCCAGCCACCCGGGCCCUGCUGUAUGAAGGCAUCUCGCACAACUCCCAGGGGCGCUACCGCUACCUCAACGCCCGCAAACAGGACAUCCCGGAGAUGCGCUACCGCUUCCCCAUCACCACCAGCUUCACCUACGGCUGGCAGCUGGGCCCGCCAGUGAAGCAGGAUAUGACCUUCUGCAAGAUGUGUCACAUCGACUCAUUCUUCCGCAAGAACGGGGCCUUCUCGCCCCUUGACCCCCGGGACCUGGCCCUCUGACCGCGAGUGGGCCGGGCAGUGUGCUGCGGGGCGGGAAGAAGAACUCACCCGCCACCUGGUGGAACGAAGCUGCCGUGUGUCUGUGUGUCUGUGUGUCUGGCUCUCCCAGGCCCUGAGGUUGCACUCUGGGCCUUUUUUUUAAUGACUUUUCAAAAAAAUGUUUUAUUUUAUUUUUAGAAAGAGGGGGAAGGAAGGAGGAAGAGAGGGAAACGUUGAUGUGAGAGAGAAACUUGGAUGGAGAAACACGGAGUGAUUGCCUUUCACGUGCCCACAACCAGGGACCUGGCCUGCAAGCCAGGAAUCAAAUGGGCCUCGACCGUUUGGUUACAGGCAGGCGGGCACUCAGUCCACUGAGCCACACCAGCCAGGGCAUGAGCCUUUUUGAAACAACCUUCGAUCCGCAGGUUGCCCUCUUCCCUUAACCCCCACUUCUUUAAUCAUCCUUUUGAAGAUUCGGCAGCCUUUAGAGAGACUGGGAAGAAUGAGCACUACUCUCCGGGUACAUGCUCCUCGGCGCCAGUGGGGCACAGUAGCUGCUGGAAGUUCUGGGUGUUUCUGGAGAGAGAGCGGCCUGUUAUCCCAGAUGUCAGGGAAGGGGGGCCACCACUAUCCUGUAAACCUCUCCCCUGCACCCCCUCACCUGGCUCCGAGGGCCUGCAGCCUCCCUGUCCUCUCCUGGUGCACCUCCAGUUGCUCCCGCAGAGCGCUUCGCUGCCCCUCUAUGUCCUGGGCAGAGCGGAGCCCUGAGCGCCCUUGCAUCCCGGCCCAGCGGCCCAGGCUCAACGGAGCCAGCAGGAGGCAGCACCCAGACUCCCCCUACCCCACCUCUCCAUGGGUGACAGCGCAAGUGCAGGACGCGUGCACUUCAAAGGGACCCAGCUAGCGCCGGCCAGACCCCUGCUCCUCACUGCCUUCUCCCCGGGGUCUUGCCUGUGACUGGAG